AUGACUGCUCCAAGACGUGGUGAUCCCGACUUUUUAUCAAAAACAAUUGACUCAUACUUGAAUAAUUUUCCUGAUAAACCUGAAAAGGAUUCAUUAUACGCCAGAACUCAAAUCAUCGUUUAUACUCAUUUCACAGACCAUAUUGUAUUUGACAAUGUUCAGGCAACCUAUUCAAAUAACUCAAAAGCUCAAAACUAUUUAAAAUUUCAUCGUGACGAAGGUUGGGAAGUAAACCAAAGAUUGCAUGUUUCAAAAGCUUUGCAUUUUGUUGCUGAUAAUUUUAAAACAACUUAUGUUGGAUUGAUUGAAGAUGAUUUUCCAUUAUGCGAAGAUAAAUGGAAAGAAUUAUUAACUAUUAUUUAUAUUGCUAACAUACAAGUACCAAAACAUUGUGGAGUAUUCAUUGGUACUGGUGGAAGUGGUUUAAUAAUGAAAACAGAUAAGGCUUUAAUAGCAUCAGAUUUAUUAUUGAGUGAAUUGGAUUUAGCACCAGAUGUUUUGAUACAAAAGUGUUUAUUAGGGGAAAUCAAAAAAUGUGAUGAAUGUUCAAAAACUUUGGUCAUCUCAAAAACUUUGUUAAUGUAUCAUUUGGGCUAUAACACUUCAACAAGUUCUAAUCGAGUAUAUCACAAAUAUCAAUACCAAUGUGGUUGGAGGCAUCCAUUU